AUCUUCAAGAGUAGCGAAUAAAAUGUUCAAACACCUUCAACCUCUACAACAAUAUUUGCUCUUCACUUGAAUUUGUCGUAUAAAACAAGCGAAUACCAUCUUGUUGAUUGCACCUAGGAAGGAGUAGAUAUAAGAAUCAAGAAUUAGGGUUUCAUUUUUUGUUCUACUUUGUUCACUAAAAUUACUAAGAAUAAUGAGAAGCCCCCAGCAGAAGUUCAAAUGGACUUGAUUAUUUACUUUGAGAAAUCACAUGCCACUGCAAAGCUUCAGACUCCUGGGAGUAGAAGAAAGAGUAGUUGAAAGCUGAUUGCUCAUUGGAGACUCUGAUCAGUCAUCACAACUCAGCAAAGGCCUUUGUGUAAUAGGGUUCUGUGUCAAUCCCAAUACCUUGGACUGGAACUGAAAUAUUGACUUCUCAAGGAGAAGAUUUUAGUUGGUAAUCAACGGAAAGUAACUUGUUGGCACCGGUGUUUGAAUAAUGGCAGAUACUAUAGUUACAUCUGAUCAAUCUUCUACUUCCUCCCAGAACUCUGCCCGAAUAAUCUGUCAUGUAUGUCAGAAGCAGUUCUCCCAAUACACAUGUCCUCGAUGCAAUUCACGAUACUGCUCCCUCCCAUGUUAUAAAUCUCAUAGUCUUCGUUGUACUGAAUCCUUCAUGAAAGAAAAUGUAGUUCAAGAACUCCAGCAAAUGCAACCUAAUGAACAAACCAAACAUAAAAUGUUGGACAUACUGAAAAGAUUUCAUUCAGAAGAGGAAAUGGACAACAUGGAUGAGGAUUCUUUUGAAGAUUCAACUUUGUCUGAGGAAACAAUGGAAAAAAUAUUGUCAGGACAAGAAAUCAAUUUGGAUGAUUUAUCACUUGAAGAGAAGAAACAAUUUCAAAGAGCUAUUGCUUCUGGGGAAUUGAGCAAGAUGAUCACACCAUGGGAUCCAUGGUGGUCAAAGCUUUCUGCCAAAGAAAUUCGUCUUAGUAAGGAAGGAACGCAACUUGUUCAACCUCUUUCAGAGCAGGAAUCUGUAAUUGUAAAUGAAACUGAAAUUAAUGAAUCAAGCGAAAUUCCUCUCGGUCCUGAGGUUCCUCUACCUCCUCUUAGUAGCCUUAGUUCCAAAGAGCCAUCACCUCUUUUAACUGUUCACUUAGUUGAUAUUUUAUACAGCUACUGCUUCACUCUUCGCCUUUACAACGGAGAUUGGAGGUCAGAUCCUAUAGGGUCAGUCAUGGUUGUGUUGAGCGUGUCCUCAGUUUUGGGUCAAGGUGGGCAGCCAGAGACUGUACUGGAAGCCCUCACUCAUUGCUUGGAGCAGGUAUGCUCUCCAGCUUACAGAAACAUGGGUGGGCUGCAAUUCGGUUUAGGUGUCAUUGAUGAUGUGAUCAGUCUACUUUCAUUGGGAAGUCCUGCUAUGGUGUGCGCUCUUUGCGACAUGCGUCGGUUGAUUCAAGAAGGAGAAAAGGAGGCCAAAUCAGAAAAGCCAAGAAAGUCGAGAAGGAAUGAGAUUAGAAGUAGUAUUAAGCAGGCAGAAAGGAAGAUAUAUUUCAUCAUGUGUUGGGUUCAUGAGCAGCCAGAGGAAGCUUGGUCUUCUUUAGCAGCCAUUGUAAUGGCAGAAAAGACAUCAGCCAUGGAAUUUCAGGGGAGUAAUAAGGCUAAAAUAUUGAACAAAAAAGCGGAAACCAGAGGAAAAUGUUUAAUUGAGGAGAUUGAAUGAUUUAUGGAUAUUGCUGUUCCCUUACUGUUAACCACAUUAGAGGGUAUGGAGACUUGAAAUGGUUGUUCUCAACCCAGUUAUGUACUAUAUACUUUUAGAUAUACAAAUUUGCAUUUUUAUUUGGUCUAUCAUUAAACUUCUUUAUAUUGAUGAUCUAGUUAGGACAUUCAAUCAUCAAAACAUAAUCAUUCACUAGGCAUAUAGAUAUUGAUUGGUGUUGUAGCUAAAUAAUUUGACUACAUGAAUUACUUUUGUUACA